AUGCAGUUAAUAAAGCGAGUUGGCGCUUUUUUAGUACAUUCUGCAUACAUCUCCUCGAAUAAUUUAAUAUAUACUAAAACCAAGCCGCCUCAUUUUGGUCGUGUUAAUCCGGACACUGACGCAUUUGUUAGUGAUAUUUAUGAUAAUAUUGUUGAAACUAGUUCAAACCCACUCAACACACUUGAUAUAAUUGACAACACUGUUAAUUCUGUUAAUAAUGCUUUCGAUAAUAGUAAUAGUACUUCCUUUGAUAAUACAAUUAAUAAAACUUUUGACAUGGGCGAUAUUGCUCCUAAUACACUUGACUUCUGUGAUAUUACUGCCAAUACACUUGACACCAGUGAUAUUACUGUUGAUUCCUUCGAAUACAAGGAUAGAUCAAAUGCCGUAGAUACAAUUGCCAAUUCGCUAAGUCCCGCUCAUUACCCUCUUGAUGCUCCCGAUGACAGUGAAACAAAAAAUGAAUAUAUGGAUUCAUUUGAUCAAAGGUACUCGAGAAGUGAACCUUUUGGUACCAAAAAACUGAAUAUGAUGUCGGAAUCGAGAGGAAUUGAGGCGACCCCAGACGAUUCAGUUGUGAUAGGAUCCCAAGAGUAUAAUAACCUCAAGGAAGAAAUAGCGAUGCUGAAAAGAGAGUUGUACAAGACUAAAAGUUACAUCGAAAAACCUAAGGUAAAGAAGAAGGUAUAUAACACAAUAGAAGUGAGGGUAAGUUUACGUAUUCAAGAAGCUGAUCUUCGUACCAAGUGCAACUUCUUCAGGAAGAAAGCUCUAAAGGGGUAUCCUCUGGUACUCACAAUAAGAACUGAAGGGGACCCCAAGGACUACACCCUAGCUGCAGAAGGUAUCAUUGCUAAGGCAAAGAAGUUACUUUCCAACGCCUGUGUUCCAGCCGGCAAGAUGUUUGUUACCAACACCCAUAUUUCUCAACAUUUCAAGCCUUUAAAGAAACCUAGUUAUUCAAGUGAGAAGCCUUUCUCUAAAGAACGGGAUUCAUUUGGAGAAAGCUCUAGUUUUAGAGAUACUCAUGAUACUUAUUCCAAAUCGCAUUCAUAUUCUGAACGAGAGAAUAGUAAAACUCCAAGUUAUGAACUUGAUAGUGGACCAAGUAGACUUGAAACUCAUUCACGGCCUACCAAACCCGUUUACCGUCCUGAAAUCACCAACACAGAUGAACUCACCGUUGGCUACACUAGAAAAAGUGGCUUAUACGAUACCUUUGUCGACAACACGAGAAAGCGGUUACCUGAGACCAGUGUAAACCACUUUAGAGAAAGGUCAUCUGAGAAAAGUUUUGGCAGUCCUGUGGUAACUGGGAGAUCUGCUAGUUCAGGUGAAACCCACUCUAGAUGGAUAGUGAAGCAUAAAAGUUCAACAAAUGAACCAUUGAAUGACAUGAAUUCGAGAGAUGAACUCAACACAGGAGCUGAAGACAGCAAGUGGAAGGUACUUAACAAGCCAAGAUAA